AUGUUUUUAUUGCGCAUUGACCUUUCGGUCUCUUUGCUCUUAGCAUCGACAAUCACCACGGUUUCUGGAUCUCCACAAAUCCUGCGCGAGGCGGACAAUGUUGCUCGGUCUUCUGGUCAGGAGCUUCGAGCACGAACAUCAUUGAACAAAGGCUUGGAUGUCCCUAUCGCACCUCAUUCACUCCCUCUCAAAAGGCUCGAUACCAACGACUACGCUGGAGUCAAUGCGGCCUCGCUCCGGAGGAGAUCCACUCCCAACACUGGCAAUGCUGCAUCACCACUCUACGCUCUCGGUCCGAGGCGCGGGUUUGCUAUCGACAUUCAAGUCGGACAGGACACCUAUCCUGUGUUUCUCGAUACCGGAAGCUCCAACGCUUGGCUACCUAGUCCUGAUUUCAAGUGCAUUGAUUUUGAUUACAAGACCGUACUGACACAAGAUGCUUGCGGCUUCGCCAAAACACUUCCUUCGGACUACACUUUCAGCGGCGGAGAGAUCAAUGACACACUCCUGGGAAUGUCCUAUAACGAUGGAGAGAUGGUCACAGGACGUGCAGGCUAUGAAACAAUUACCGUUGCUGGUGUGACUGUCCCACGUGUUGUACUUGGGCUUGCUGAAAAUGCCACAUACUACGGCGAUGGUUACACCUGCGGCUUGAUGGGACUUUCGUGGCCAUUGCACGGCGCCAUGUAUUCUGCGACCACGAGCGACACUGUCUUGUUCAAGCCAUUCAUCUUCGAAGCGAUCGAUCAAGGGUUGAUUGCCCCGAUGUUUUCACAUGUGCUGGAUGUGCACAACGACUACACCGGGCCGAACGCGGGACAAUUGACAUUGGGAGGCAAGCCGGCCGAUGUCGAAUCUGGAGAUUUCGUCGAGGCGCCACUUCUUCUCGUCACGGAUACUCCAUUGACAGCUCCGCCGCUGCCGCUCCCAAUUGACAAAACCACCUCCCUGACCGAGGCGGAGCUGAAUUACAUUGGCUACAUCAUCCGCGUCGACGGAUACAACAUCGUUCCGCCUACAGGAGGAGAACCGCACUACGUUUCCUACGCGGACGAUACCGAGUCCAGCAAGCAUGUUCUUGCCCAGCCCUCUCAUAUCGAGAUUGAUAGUGGUAAUCCGUUCGCCAACAUCCCAGACAAUGUCGUGAAUGCUACCGCUGCACUAUUCGAUCCUCCGGCCCGAUGGGAUGAUGAAGCCCAUGGAUGGGUAGCUGAUUGUGAUGCCGCCGUGCCCUCCAUUGCCCUUCGGAUCGACGGGGUCGACUUGUGGUUCGAGAAGAAAGCGCUGCUGAGCGAGCCGAUUUCGUCGAAGUCGGGCCCGGACUACUGUUAUCUGGGGGUGCAAGGCGACAACGGAAGUGGUCUUGCCUCCGCAGGAGUCCCUUGGUUGCAAGGCCUUGUUACAGUCUACGACAUCGGCAAUAAGAGGAUGUUGUUUGCGCAGAGGACUCGGGGAUCUGAGGAUUCUUAA